AAAUUAGAUAAAUAGACAGAGCGAACUAAGCAACAUUAUCAUUGUUAUUGUUAGUAUCAUUUGUAUUUUUACACUGUAACAUUGAAAAUGACCACCGGAAUAAGGACCAUCUGUUGCAUGAUUCUACUAACAAUAAUUACUGAAAAUAUUUAUUUUUCACUUGGAAGAAAAGUAUUAUUACUAUCGAAACCUGAUAGUAGACCUUCUGUCCAACAUCCGGUUGUUUUAAUCCCCGGCAUAGGUGGUAAUCAGGUGUAUUGUAAGCCAAAAAAAUUUAAAGCUGAACCAUUCCCUGUAUGGCUAAAUGUCUUCAAUAUGGCAUUUCCAUCAUUGGUAAAUUAUUUAGUUCAGUAAGUGAUAGCCGCUUCUAUUGCCAUGUUUUUUCAUUUUAUUUCAUUUUACUUUUUAAAUUUCUUCCUAUUAUAAAUCAGCAUGAAAUAUGAUCCUAUUAAAAAGAAGUCAGUUGACAACGAUGUCUGCAAGGUGACCAUCCCAGGAUGGGGUGAUACUCAGCCACUGGAGAAUUAUAACGCUGAUGGUUAUAGUCUAGGACAUUACUUUCAUGAUUUAGUGAAAACGCUGAAAGAAGAUGCUUACUAUAUAUCGAAUUUCACUGUACGCGGUGCACCGUAUGACUUUCGUCGGGCUCCAAAUGAAAACAAGGUAUUCAUGAGAAAGCUUAAAGCCUUAAUUGAAGAAACCUAUACAAAUGGAUUGAAUCGUUCAGUUGUUCUAGUUGCUCACAGUUUAGGCAGUUUGUAUACAAAAUACUUUUUAGAUCUGCAAACUUAUAAAUGGAAAGAAAAAUAUAUUAGAAGUUAUAUUUCAGUGGCUGCACCAUUCGGUGGAUCAGUUAACGCUUUAAUUAGCCUACUGUCUGGCACUAACUACAAUAUCUUCAUACACCAUCCAAUUCUUAACCGACCACUCUUACGAACGCUUACAUCAGUUUCAUUUCUACUGCCCGAACCAAGGUUAUGGCGAUCGAAUUUCCCUAUGGUUAUUACCUCCCGUAGAAAUUAUACAGUGAAUCAGUUUUAUGAUUUGUUUCGAGAUAUUGGUUUUCCAAUGGGAUAUCAAAUGAUGAAAUCAUCCAAAGAGAAUUCAAACAUGCUUGACGAUCCACAAGGUGUAUCUGAAAUAUUGUGUGUGCACAGUUCAGAUCUAUUAACGGUAAAACAAAUAGUCUACUUUCAUGAUAACUUCCCCGAUCAUUCACCAAUACCAACUUUUGAAAACGGUGAUGGUACAGUGAAUCUAGCCUCUUUAAGUGUAUGCAGAAAUUGGACGAACAGUAAGCAUAUUCUUAUACCUGGUGUAUUGCACGAUGAAAUGGUAUCUGACAAGCGUUUCAUCAAUCUUGUAAUUAAGACAGUCGGUGCAAAGAUUAAUGACACCUCAAAUCAGUAAAAUAAUUGAGUUAUGAUUUUAAAAAAUACAUAUAUAUUUCUUAUACAUAAAACAGAAUUGUAUUAACAGUAAUAAUAAU